UGUGAAGGUGGCGUUGUUAAUUGCAAUGGCCCAACGCUGUCACGUCCCUCACACGUGUCUGUACUGCAUGUACACCGACAGACAUCUACGAACGCAACACAAUCAAGCAGUGAAAGGAUAGGAUGCACCAUACAUACCAUGCCCCCAACCCCCCCCACACACAAAUGCAGCCAGCACUAAUCCACAGCAACCCACCAGCCAGCCCUUCACAGAUCCGCCAGACCAGACGCCUCACUCCCCUCCUCUCCCUGCCCUCCCCCAUCAGCUGCCCUACACAGCUCCAGCAGCCGCGCAAUCUUCUCACGCUCGCUCGACGUGAAGAAGCCCUUCAGCCGACGCACACUCGACAUCCCUCCGAUGACCCUCACGUAUUCUGCAAUGGCCUUUGCAGUGCUGCCGCCAUCAUCAUCGCCAGGCCUCUCUUGUUGCUCGAGGCGGCCGAGGAAGACAAACAGCAGGUCGGUGAGGAACUGCGAGUCAAUGCGGGCGCCCAUGGCCGCGGCAAACGUCGAUGUGGGAAUGCCGAGAAUGUACCUGUACACAACAGAACGAGCAGUCAGCCAGCCGACCACAAGGUUUGUUCCAUGUCAAUGUGCAUGCAUUGCAUGGCCGUGACGGCUGGCCCAGCCUACUUGAGUUUCUCUUGGUCGCCUCGCAUGCGCCUCCAGUCGGUGUCGAUGGUCGAUGCACUAGCAGAUCCUCGCUCCCUCCCAGCGGAUGCAGUCGUCAGGGCCGCCCCUCUCGCAGACGCAUCCCCACUUUCUCCCCUGGCAGCAGUGGCAUCGUUGUGGCAGCGGUUGAAUGCGAAUUUGGGUGGCGCGUUGAUGGCGUCCGGUCCGAGAGGGUUGAGGUGUGCGGUGGCGACGAAGUUUUUGAACUCAUCGUAGCUGCGGGCCUGGUAGAUGGCCCUCUUCUUCAUGUUGUCGGUCCGCUGGUGGUUCUCGUCGCGGCCAACAGCCGCUCUCACCUCUUUCUUCACCCUCUCCAUCUCUCCUGCUUGUGCUUCCUCCC